UAGGGAUCCACGAAUGGCGUCAGCUUUUCAAAAGCACCAGUUCACUAUACUAGUCAGCGCUUCACAGAUUGUGUUUUUGAUUCUUUUUGGUUUAUUCGGAAAAUAUGAUGCGAACGUACUGCCAGGUGGUUCAGAGGAUGACGUGUAUACGGCGCGAUUGUAUCCAAUGUUCCAAGAUACACAUGUCAUGAUAUUCAUCGGCUUUGGCUUCCUCAUGACUUUUCUCAAGCGAUACGGCUUUUCGGCAAUAUCCAUAAAUUUGUUAUUGGCUGUUUUUACCAUCGAAUGGGGAAUAAUCGUACAAGGAUUCUUGAGUCAUGGAUUUGCUGAAACGGGGAAGUUCACAAUCGGCUUGGAAGAGCUGCUGACUGCCGAUUUCACAGCUGCCAUAAUCCUAAUUACGAUGGGAGCCAUGCUUGGUAAACUUUCUCCAACCCAAUUCGUCGUCAUGGCAUUCAUUGAGACUGCCGUUGCGUUAUUUGUCGAGCAUCACGUUAUCCACACUUUCCAUGUAAAUGAUGUUGGCGAUUCUAUGGUUGUUCAUGCAUUCGGUGCCUACUUUGGCCUAGCAUGUUCCAAAGCCUUCGCGACCAAAGCCCAGAGGGAACAUGAAAACGAAGGAUCAAUCUAUCAUUCGGACAUCUACGCUGAAAUUGGAUCGAUCUUCUUGUGGGUAUUCUGGCCCUCAUUCAACGCUGCAGCCGCUUCCCCAGCUGAUGCCCGUCAAAGAGCUAUUGUCAAUACAUUCCUCUCACUUUGUGCAUGUACCAUCACCACAUUUAUUUUCUCCCAAGCUGUCGACAAGCACAAGAAAUUUGACAUGGUGCAUAUUGCAAACUCUACGCUGGCUGGUGGUGUCGCUAUCGGUUCAAUCGCAAAUGUGGUGCUUGAGCCUCUGCAUGCUAUGUUGAUGGGUGUAGCAGCUGGAGCUCUGUCUGUCGUUGGAUUUAAAUACAUUACGCCGAUGCUUAGCAGUAAAUUUGGCUGUCAUGAUACCUGCGGUGUGAACAAUCUACAUGGUAUGCCUGGAGUAUUUGCUGGACUAAUGUCAGCCGUUUUCGUGGUGGCGUACGACCCAGCAUUAUAUGGAAAGAGCCUAAAUGAGAUCUAUCCUGCUAUGAAGAGCGAGACAAACCUCAAUGGCAUCACUGCUGGAGGACAAGCAGUGAAUCAGCUUAUUGGACUUGGUUUAGUCUUGGUCGGAUCUAUAGUCUCAGGCAUGGUAACAGGUUUCAUUCUGAAAAUGAAGGCGUUCAAUCAAGUGCGAGACAAAGAGUUCUAUGCCGAUGGUGACUAUUUCGAGACGCCUGCUGACUACGACUUCAAUACCAGAAUUGUCUCGCGCAUUGACCGCGUUGAGAUCAAUGAACACACGCAACUUACGCAAAAGGAGGUCUAAUUUCACUGCCAAUGUUGAACUUAUUACUUUCGUUGUAGUUUGUACAAAAAACGCUAGCCUUGAGAUUUUGUUAUGCAUCAAUAAAUUAUAAUGUU